GACUGUGUAAACAUAUUCGCAUAUAAAUAUAUUUUAUAUGUAUACAUGUACUGCAUCUAAUCCUUUCUCAAAAAUUGGAAUAUUGAAAAACAAAAUUGAAGGAAUACGGACGGCUUCUGUAAAAGACAUUUUCAAUUCUCAUGGACGAGCUGACGUUCGGACUUCCAAAUACGUCAUCUUUAUUGAAUUAUAGCAAUGCUACGGUUCAACCAGCCCUAGAAACCAUUUCUGAUUCUUUGUGGGCUUUAAUUACAAUCAUCUCAACAAUCUUCCUUGUUAUCGGAGUGAUCGGUAAUACUAUUGUAAUCAUUCUUGUAUCAACAAGGAAGGGACUUCGCACACCGACAUUCACGGCAAUAGCUUGUCUCUCUGUUGCUGAUUUGCUAUGUGUGUGUUCGCGUUACGUGUUCACGAUUAACGGUAUUAGAAAUGUCAUGGGAUACCAAUUUUGGAAUAUGUACAUAACAGUGACGUUUUAUUUCUUACACGGUGCGAACUUUCAUAUCGUGUUGAUUGCAUAUUUACGUUAUGUAUUUAUCACUAAGCCUUUGCAAAGUGUAAAAAUCACCACAAAAAGCGUAUUAAAAAUGUCGGGAGGAGUGUGGUUUGCAGGAAUACUAACUGGAUCUCUAUACUGCCUAAUGAUUUUGUUGGAAAUGCAUGAUAAUAUCACUGCCAAGGAUGGUUCUGUUUUGGAAAUGAUAUUCUGUAUAUAUGUCACAUUUGUACCGUUUUUACUCAUUGUGGUUUUGCAUAUUAUCAAAAUUUUCAAACUAAAUAAGACGGGACAUUUGUCAUCAGGACAACACUUAUCAAUUUCGAAAAAAAUGUCCCUGAUGAUAUUUAUAAUCAUUGUGAUUUAUCUAUUGAGUACCACUCCAAUGUUAACAGGUAUAAUUAUAUAUUUUUUAUGUAUUUCUAUAGAUUUCAAGCCCGCUGUAUGUCAUAUUUUCUUUUCUUACUACACUGUAUCUGUUGUGUCAUUAUGUUUGCUUUUGAACAAUGCUGUUAAUCCAUUAAUUUACUUCUUUUUUUCUCCCCCAAGUCUUAAAGUCCUUCACAGAAUCAAGCAAUGCUGCACAAAAUCUUAAUCUUCAGGAAUCAGGCAAUGAUGCACAAAAUCUUAAUCUUCAGGAAUCAAGCAAUGCUGCACAAAAUCUUAAUCUUCAGGAAUCAAGCAAUGCUGCAAAAAAUCUUAAUCUUCAGGAAUCAAGCAAUGUUACACAAAGUUUAAAACAAUUAAUAAAUCAACAGAGGCUAUGUUCAACAAAUAUAUGACUGACUUGUAUAAAGGUUCUUCAUUGGUUCAUGUAAUGUUAGAUACCAAAUAAA